GGCUCAUCCAAUUCGGCAACCUCAUGCUGCGCACGUGCCGAUGUCUCCGUGAUGGGACGACUCGGCACACUCUAGUAAACCGAUCGCUUCGAGCUCCUCCACCCGCUUCCUUCGUCAGGCGUUGAUGGACGAGCCGCCGUAUCGCCCGCCGAUUUCCAGCAUGGACAUUUUCACUGAUGACUUCAAGGUGAACAAGAAAAGAAAAUUGCAGCAUGAUCUUGAGAACUCACCUUUGCCAUUUCCUAAGCACAAGUUCAGUGAUCAGUUCAGGAGCUGCGGUCCUUCAGGCACCAAAGAGACGAACGAUGCAUGUAACUGGAUCAAUGCAGCGGCUGCUAAGGAACCAAUGGAUUAUGGAUCAGAAGAACCGGGAGAGUCCCACCACGAUAGUAACAGUGUAGGUGAAGGCUACGACACUAGCCACACCACCAUGACACUAGACCUUGACGAAGCCGAGGAGUCAUUUGAGAGAAUGGAUUCACCUUCUGUGUCUAGUUAUUUGAAGAACAACAUCAAUCAAAAUGACAACCUUGAUUCUUUUGCCAUCCAACAUAUUGAGGAUGUCGAACAACUUGAUCACGAUGCCGAAAAUGAAGAUCUGCUAAUCUAUUCCAACGAUGUGGCACCGCACGCGUUCGUAGUUUCAUCGAGAAGAUUGAUAGAUGGAAAUGAUGCUCGAUCGAAGACAAAGAAACCAACAAUCGAUAAAGAAUUCGAGCAAUAUUUUUCCAUGCUGAUGCUUUAACAAGGAGGAUCGCCGGCAACCUAUCACGUUUCUUUCUUGAAUAAAUAAACAUGUUAUUGUAAUCUUAAGGAGAGUGACACUGGCAUCGUGAUAUUGUAAGAGUAAUCUAUUGGAAAUUGAUGCAGCCCGUGUAAUUCCGGACGGGUAGUCACUUCCAAUUAGAGCCCGUGUAUGGGGCCGGAUCAUCGAGCCCCACCCGGACCCAUUUCUCUUAUCCACAUGGUCAUUGUCAUUUACAGUUUACAAAGGAUAACCGUUGAAGGUUCUUCCCCGGCAUCGACCUCAGACAUCUCCUAACAUCCUCACCAAGUGGGUUAUUCUAAGUGAUAGCUGACUAAUGACUUGACAAUGUAAGUGGGUUAUUCUAAAGGUGAUACUAACCUGGCCAAUGACUCUGACAAUGUCUGAAAUACGCUCCAUCUCCACGCGCACAGCUAAUCUAUAUGCGGUGCUGCACACGUGCGGUCGCCUAAAUGGAGCUUAGGGCAUAUGUGGCAGGCCAGGGCUAGAUCGCAAAAUUGAAACGCCAGCUUAUGCAUUUCAAUUCCGUCGUGCUGUUGACUGGCUAUUGGACGUCAGUCUCUGUGAUUGGAGGUCUGUUCCAUGUCCGGAGGUGAGAUCCAUCGCUUCCGGAUCUGGUGGAGGCGGCGGUUGGGCCCGGAGCGACGCGCCACAUUCAGCUGGCUCCUUGCCGCCGUCUUCGUCGUACUCUUCCUCGCCGCCGGUUCCCGGAUCGGCGACAAUGUUCUCAGCGGCCCGACGGCGACGUCGUCCUCGUCUGCACCCCUCGUCGAUCUCACCAUAGUUCACAGCGCCGGGGCGAAGGGAGCUUUAUGCUUGGAUGGGAGUCCGCCCGCGUAUCAUCUCUUGAGAGGUUUCGGCUCUGGGUCAGACAAAUGGCUCGUACACUUGGAGGGUGGAGGUUGGUGUCAGUCUUUGGAUUCUUGCUCUUUCAGGAAAUCCACACCACUAGGUUCAUCAUACUACAUGGAACGGCAGGUUCCCUUUAUGGGCAUUCUGAGUAACAUUCCAUCACAAAAUCCUGAUUUUUAUAACUGGAACAAAGUCAAAGUACGGUACUGUGAUGGUGCAUCAUUUUCUGGGUAUAGAGAAAAUGAGGUGCAGGAUGGAACAAAACUUUUCUUUAGAGGACAACGUAUAUGGGAAACAAUUAUGGACGAACUCUUACAGAAAGGACUUGCAAAUGCUAAACAGGCUCUCCUCACAGGAUGUUCUGCUGGUGGUCUUGCUACUUUUAUUCAUUGUGAUGAUUUUCAAGCCCUUCUUCCUAAUGUGGCUACUGUCAAAUGUUUUGCAGAUGGUGGUUUUUUUCUCAAUGAGAAGGAUAUAUCUGGGAGAAGGUCCAUUAAAUCAUUUUAUAGCAAUGUGGUCCAACUUCAGGAUGUAGGAAAUAGAUUUCCAGAAUGUGUCUCUAGGACGGAACCAUCUCAGUGUUUCUUUGCAGAGGAGAUUAUUAAGAAUGUGAAGACACCAUUUUUCAUCCUCAAUCCGACAUACGACUUCUGGCAGAUACAACACAUAUUGGUGCCAGCUGAAUCAGAUCCUGAGCAUGCAUGGCUAAGAUGCAAGCUGAACAUUGGACAUUGUGAUUCCAACCAGCUAAAAACACUGCAAGGAUUUAGGGAUGCCAUGCUCAGUUCCUUGAGUGAGUUUAAGCAGAAGAAGAAUGGAGGAAUGUUUAUUAAUUCCUGCUUUGUCCACUGUCAAUCUCUCUACAAUCAAACAUGGCAUUCACCAAAUUCACCACGUAUUAACAAUAAGACAAUCGCCGAGGCUGUGGGAGACUGGUUCUUCGAUCGAAAAGAAACGAAAGAAAUCGACUGCCCGUACCCUUGCAAUCCUACAUGUUACCAUAUGAAUCUUUCUCAACUUUCCAAGUCGUAGGUUUUGUUGCUAAUUGUUGAAUGCUUGUUAUUUCGGUGAAUCUCGAUUCACUGCCUUGGCGUGUUUGAUUUUCCCUCUUGUUUUUUGUCAGGAUAUGCUAAUAAAAUUACGAUAAUCAUCCAAGUUAUUGUCUC